ACAAGAAGAAGAAGACGAACCAGGACAAGUUGACAGAAACCUGCUCAUGGAGACAGACAGUUUGCUUGAAUAUGCAAACGCUGAGUUUAAAAAGAAGAAUUUCAAACAAGCAGAGGAGUUGUAUACUCAUUUUAUCUCCUCGUGUUUACAGUGCAGAAACUGUGAAGCUGGUGACUUGGCCACUGCCUAUAACAAUCGCGGACAGAUAAAGUACUUCCGGGUGGAUUUUCAUGAAGCAGUAGAGGAUUACACCUCAGCAAUACAAGCCAACAGUCACUUUGAAAUACCGUUGUACAACAGAGGACUCGUCCAUUAUAGACUGGGCUUUUUCGAUGACGCCAAGAUGGACUUCCAGCAAGCAGUAAAGCUCAAUCCAGAGUUUGAAGAUGCCAAAGAGAGUCUGCAACAGACAAUUCUGGACCAGCAGCAGAAGACAGACAGGGGAUACUGACAAUCUCAUGAACUCUGAAGCACAAGUGAAAAGAUGUCAUUAUUGAAUGUGAAGAUACUCUAUUAGCUUUCACACAAAAUUGUAAAGCACAAUUAGGUGACAAUCAGACGAUGGCUGUAAAAACACAAAAUCAUUUGCUGUUUGAAGACUCAAUAAGAAGCAGACCUCUCAUCACCAGCUGUGAUGCCAAUGAAGGAAGUUUUUUUCUUUAAUUUUCCUUUUCUGCACUAACACAAGACUCUUUCAGUUAGAAAAAAAUGUAUAAUAGCCCCAUAAAGUACGGUGUAACAAUUCUGAAAGGACAGUACAGACUAAUAAAGCCAGGUUCAGAUGAAACCUUUGUCUUGAAGACACGGAAUCGAUAUUUGUGAGCGUAAACAAUCAAGUGGUAACAUAGGCAUACAGUAUUAAUGACGAGAAAAGCCUUCUACAAGUUGGUGUGUGGAUUUUAAUAGGAGGUUGACCACCAUUACAUUUCCUAGGAGCUUUUGACACUAUUAUUCUUGAAUGAUCAUAAUUAUGUGCAUAUGUUAAUACAGGACACAAUAAAAGGUUGUAUCACA